CGUCACGGCAACGUUAGCCUUGGCAAGGGACCGUGGUCAAAGUGCGCAUAGUAAACUACACGAAAUUAUGACUAAAGUGGAUUUCUAGAAUGCAGAAGUGAUAUUAGUUUGUCUUAUCGUAUUUCCGCUUGACUGUAGUUAAGUUGUCUUUUGUAAAAUGUGCUUGAAUUAAUGUUAUUCUGCCUGAAAGUCUUCGUUUGUAAAAACGCCACAGAUUAGCGCCCAGUCCCCGGAGUCAUUGUUGCGGAAGUAGAAAGUCGACGUGGGGAAGAAAGGUUGGUCUGGUCCGGCCGCGUUCUACAGCCCUCUCCGCUCCACGCACCCGUGCCCGCUCCCCACGCACACAUGCCCCAUCCCCGCUAGCGUCGUGUGUGGCUGCCCAGCGCCUCAUCCCUCCCCCGGCAUGCAAAUGGUCGCGCACAGAGCCGCCGGGAGGGCCGUAUAAAUGGGACGAGGAGCGGACCAGAGGCGGUAAUGCUGCGCCGGGUGCGGGUGCGGCAGUCCCUCCGGCAGGUCGUGUUCCUGAUGGCCCGGAGACCCGACCUCCUCUGCGGGGCCAUCCUGCUCGGUGUGCUGCUCAUCCUGGCUGUCAAGUUCACAUGCAGCCGAGCUAAGAACGUGGUGGCCCCGGCCCGGCCCCCAGUGCGCUUCUUCUCCUCUGAGGCCCCUGUGGUGGAUCUGUACCUGGGACAGAUCGAUCAGGUGGAGCGUCUGAGGAGUGUGGCAGACGUGUCUCUGCUCUUCCUGUAUGCCCCUUGGUGUGCCCACUCCAUGGCCGCACGUCACGAGCUGCAGCUGGUGGCACACAAGCUAGCCAAGCAGGUGCAGUUUGUGGCGGUGAACUGCUGGUGGAGCCAUGGUCGCUGUCGUAAACAGAAGCGCUUGUACCAGUACCCCAGCAUCCAGCUCUUCUACAGGAGAUUUGGGCCGAUCGAGUACAAGGGUCCGUUUGUAGCCCCGUACGUGGAGAGCUUUGUCCUUAGAGUCCUGAGUCCAUUCACAUACCUACCCUCAGAGGCUGUGCUCAGGGACUUCCUUUCUUAUCACGAGCCUCGGGUGGUGGGCUUCUUCCAGUUUCACUCGUCUCCACAGCCACCAGGGUACCUGACCUACGUGCUCUCUGCCCUGCACGCCCUCCGCAGGGAUUUCCGUGGGGCUGUGCGCUUUGGCGUGGUGACCAGCAGACACGUGGCCCAGAGCCUCCCACUGCCAGAGGAGGGCAGCGUCUACCUCCACAGAAGGUUCAACUCCUCACUGGUUUUUCCUCGGGCUCAGCUCAACUUCACCUCUGAGGCCAUCUGCAGCUGGGUCUUUCAACACUACGAGAGCGUCCUCCAAUGGCUGCAGCCACCUGGCACCAAGUCCCGCCUCCUGGAGAGGGAGCUUCUCAAAGGGCCUGCCCUGCUCCUGUUCCUUCCUCAUGACCCUCUGGGCCCUCAGCCUAGUGCUCUGCAACAGCAGGUUGAAGACUUGGCAGUGCGGUACCACUCCUGUCCCAGCAGAGGCGCUGCCUGCUGCCACUCUGUACCUGUGCCUCAGUCCACUGCAGUGUGUGAGCUGUGCCUGGAUGGGACGGGCCCCGGAGCCUCUUCAGGCUGCCCUCUCCCCUCUGUGGGCCCCUCAGCCCUGCUUCACUGCUGCCUCCACCCCCCAUCUCCUGUGUCCUGCAGCUGCUUCCUGACAGACUACAGUGCCCUGGGACAGUACAGGGCCUGCUGCCGGACCCUACCCCUCAGGGACCUAGCCCCAGGGACCCCUCCUGCCAAAGAGGACCCUUCACAAAAACAGGCCCCUCCCACCCCUGGCCCUGGAUCUGUGGGUGUCACUGGAGCUAUGGGUGUCACCGGCCUGCACUGUCUCACCAAUAAGACCUUGCACUUCUACCUGCUGGAUGCAGAGCUCAACUGGCCUCUGGCAGUAAGGCUGGGGGCCCCACACAACAGGAGCAGUGUAGAGCCUCAGGAGCCUCAGGAGCUCGGGGCCCCUGAGCACUCAUUCGCUGCCAUUGUCGACCUGAAGGACGAGGUGCACUAUGUUCUCCAGCCCCUUCACCGAGCCACCCUCACACAGGACCUGGAGGGCUUCAUCAUGAACUUCAGCGCCCCCUACAGCAGACUGCACAGACACCUGGUGGGACAGGAGCAGAGCCGCUCUCCUCCUCCAGCCCUGAUCACAGAGGUCACCAGCUCUUCCUUCAGCCACACGGUGCUGGACGUGCACCAGGACGUGCUGCUGCUCUACUACACUCAGUGGUGUGGCUUCUGCACGAUGCUCCACCACAUCUUCAUCCAACUGGCUCGCCUGCUGCAGCCCCACAGCGCCCUCACUGUGGCCAGGGUGAACGUCGCUCUCAACGACCUGCCCUGGGAGUUCAUGACGGACCGAGUGCCCAGUGUCCUGCUCUACCCCAGAUACAGGAAGCAUCAGAGCGUUAAGUUCCCAGAGGAGCAGCCCCUCACUCUGCCCAACCUGCUGCGCUUCGUCCUGCAGCACUCAGACUCUGUUCGGGCCCCCCAUAGGGCCCCUGGAGGAGAGGGGGUCCCCGGCCCUCUGCUCCGGGCCCAGGUGCAGGCCCUACAGGAGGAGGUGGGACAGCUGCACAGGGCCUGUGAGCGCCUGUCCCAGCAGCUGGCCCACCUCUGGAGAGAGCACCACAGACUGAGCCAGGACACCCGCGCUCUGCAGACCCACAACCACGAGCUCCAGCAGGAGCGCCGCAGUCUGGAGCAGCAGCACCGCCACAAGAGCCAGCAGCUGAGCCAGGCCGUCCACAGACUGCACCAGCUCACACGCACCUCACACACUCUACUGCACCACAACACUCUGCUCAGACUGCUCCUCACGCUGCUCAGGGACACCACUGAGGAGCAGCACGCAGAGGGGGAGGAGCUCUCAGGCCAGGGGGAGGAGCUCUCAGGCCAGGGGGAGGAGCUCUCAGGCCAGGGGGAGGAGCUCUCAGGCCAGGGGGAGGAGCAGGACCACACAGAGAACAGGCACUCUGAACAGAAGCGUGCACUUGUGACCUCCUAGCACUGGUUCUAUUAGACUGUGAUGACGAGGAGUGAAUAGGAACCAGGGAGAUGAAGCCUGGAGCUCUGCUGUAGGAGCUUCAUUUUUAAAAAGCAGGUUUGUUCAAACUCAGACUGAAAGAACUCAGAGCUCUGACCCAGUCUGACCCAGUCUGACUCAGUCUGACCUAGUCUCCUGCUGUCUGAAGGAGCACCCUCACUGAUUCCCUUUUGGAAUGGAUAAUUAUAUUUUAUGCAUAAAAUCAGCAAAAUUGACUCUUUGUUUGACCUGUAUUUGAAAUUUGAUUUGACUUGAUAUAUUCCUCUCUGAGUGGAGCGAGUUUGAGUAGGAGAAGUCUGAGUUUGUUGUUCUGCUCAAACAGAAGCACUGACCUACAGAGAUCACCUGCAGCCACCAUUAAGUCAUGUCACAUUUCCAGAUCUCCAGCCCUCUUUGGAAGCUCAUUCCAGUCUGUGUGGUCCAGUCAGUUCCACUCUUCACCACUAGAGGCUGCUCUCUGUGUGUAGGUCCUGGAGCAGCUCUGUUCUGGCCUGUAGUCAUCCAAGAUGUCUACCUCCAUCUCCAAACGCAAGAUGCACAAUUAUUCAACAGGAAUCUGUCAUUUUUCUUACCUGAUUUUUAUUUAUUUAUUUUUAUGUCUCUCAUGUCUGCAUUUCAAAUCAGUCUUCAGAGACGGUGACCAGGCCACGCUCAGAGUCCAGCCCACUUCUCCUGCUCCAACUUGGUCACGCUACCUUUUCUACCAAGAUCAUUUGGUCUGACACUUAAAUACAAGGUCAUCUGGAAAGUUCAACAACUUACCUAAACGAACCAGAAUGAGCCAAAGCUUAUGAGAAGCCAAUUCUGGGGGAGUUAAAAAUAUUAAGUAUGAAAUUGUGAAAAAACCCAAAACACUUAAGGAUGACACCACUACAUCAAAUCAAUGAACUACACUAGUUUAUUGUCUCCUCAGAAUAAAACUAAGAUUAAAAUAUGAAAUGAGUCUAAUGUGCGUGCACUUUAAAGGUCCCAUAUUACACUCUCUCCUCUGUUUUGAUUCAUUCACACAUGUUUAACACACAAACCCUGCAGAUUCAGGCUUUUUCUCUCAAACAGAAAACACUCUGUUCCACCUUGUGAUGUCAUACAGGAAGUGCUCCUCUGUGUUUUUAAACUCCAAAUGCCUUCACUAGAAUCAGUUGGAUGAUUUGAGCUCUGGGAUUUCUCAUCUGUACUGAACUAAAGGUAAAAGUAGUUGUUCAUUUGAAAACUACUGCAUCAUAACAUCACAAGGUGGAACAGAGCAUUCUGAGCUUUGGAGAUGUAAAGUAAAGGCAAUUCUUUGCAAUAUAGGACCUUUAAAUUUAAGUUGGACAUCAUCUUUGGAGGGCCGGAGUAAAACGGGACUAAACCUCCACUAAAACGCUCCCAGCCAGGUCAAAAUCAGCACUAGCGUAAAUCCAAACUAGCACUAAACUGGGUCUAAUCCAGGACUAACCUUGGACUCAUUCAGUACUAAACCAACUCUAAACCAGGUCCCAGCGCGCAAAACCCAAGUUACAUGUUUGUGUUGAUUUCAGACGAAUUCUGUGCCAAAUGACCAAGACUAUGCUUCCAGUGCACGGUGCGUUCACUGUCCUCCUGAGACUGCGGGCUUUCCAGUGCUGUUGAAACGCUCCCAGAGCAGACCGGAGCAGGGCUGUUCAACUAUUUAAUUAAACAAAGAACACUUAAUUUUGAAAUGCAAAAAGAAAAAAAGAAUCUAUUUUUGCGAGACUUGUGAAGUUAUAAACCAUUUUGAUUUUGAAGUCUUCAGGUUUUGUAAAUGCUGCGAACUGUUUACAAGUGAAACAUUUAUACUGAUUAAAAAAGAUCUUUGUUCA